AUGGACCUUAGCACCAACACCAACCCGCAACUUGAAGGCACCGGCACAGACGACGACCCUCUCUCCGCCGCCGCCGCCGCCGCCACCACCACCCAACUCCCCGACAGCGCCGGGGAUGGGGAUGGAAACGAUGGAAGCCCGAACCGCCGGCGGAUCAAGCAGCUCUGGACCGCCGACGGCUACCCGAUAGUCGACGGCAAGUACCUCGACCUGUCGACGGGCGAGGUCAAACCACACACGGGCCCGUUCCGGGGGGGACCGCCGUCGGUAUCGGUCUACUGGCAGAACCAGCUGUGCACGGGCCGGCGCGACCAGUUCCUCGUGCUCGCCAAGGCGGGCGCGGGCGGCGCGAGCUGCGACCUCACCGAGUACCUGGCGCGUGCGGGGGGGUUUUUUGCCAAGGGCCUGUGCAAGGUCCACUCGCUCAACGCGACGCGCUACGAUGUGUACGUGGUUGUGUCGUCCGAGUUGUCGGCCGAAAAGUUUCGUGAGGCUUUGGGGGUGCAUGGGCUUUUGUAG